UCAUAGCUACCAACAUUAUUGUAUACUUCCGGUGAUGUGUUUGACGUUUCUGCCUUUUUCACUCCGUUGUGACGGAGUUAUUGAUAUUGAGAGAUUGUAAAUUUAGUUGUUAGUAGAGUAAGAAUUUAAUUAAGAAAAUCAUGCUCGUGUUGGUAUUAGGCGACUUGCACAUUCCGCACAGAUGUAGCAGCCUUCCGAGCAAAUUUAAGAAGCUCCUAGUACCAGGUAGAAUACAGCAUAUCUUAUGUACGGGUAAUCUUUGUACAAAGGAGUCGUAUGAUUAUCUCAAAACGCUAGCCAGCGAUGUACAUGUAGUCAGAGGAGAUUUCGAUGAAAAUUUAAAUUAUCCAGAACAGAAAGUGGUUACUGUGGGCCAAUUCAGAAUAGGCCUUUCACACGGGCAUCAGGUGGUACCAUGGGGUGAUCCAGAAUCCUUAGCAUUGAUACAGAGACAAUUGGAUGUUGAUAUUCUGAUAUCUGGCCAUACUCAUAAAUUUGAGGCAUAUGAGCAUGAAAAUAAGUUCUAUAUCAAUCCUGGAUCAGCUACUGGAGCUUACAAUCCUCUGGAUACAUCUGUCAUACCGUCGUUUGUAUUGAUGGACAUUCAAAGCUCAACAGUAGUUACAUACGUAUACCAGCUAGUCGGGGACGAAGUCAAAGUGGAGAGAAUUGAAUAUAAAAAGAGUUAAAACUACUGGUAUCUCUAGAAUAUCAUGGAUUGUACUUGAAAUCCAACAGGAAUUUGAUCAUAAGUAUAAACAUUUAACAUUUGCGGGACACUUGCAAUCCGCAUCGAAUUAAUUAAUCCAAUAGCAUUUAAGCAUGAUUUAUUAAAUGUAUGUUUAUUGUAAAUAAAGUGAUA